CGGGCCCAACGGGGGGGCCCCGGCCCUCGUUUCCUGGGCCCGGGGGUCCCCGCGAUCACCGGGGGGGGUCCCCGGGCCUAACCGGGGGUCCCCGGUCCCCGUUCCCGUCGGGAUCGGGGUCUCCGUUCCCCAGGGGGGGUGGUCCCACUCCCCAUUUGGGGGUCCCCAUCCCCAUUCCCGGUGCCCCCCCCUCUUCCACCCCUUCCUCCGGUAACCGCCGCUCUCUCCUCUCUCCGCAGGCACCUCCGGGGCUCUCGCGGCUUCACGGCGACGCCGCCGGGACCCGGCCGCAGCCGUUCGGCACCCCCACAACAACCCCCGCCCCCCCCCCCCCCCACACCCGAUGCCCUCCCCGGCCCCGGGGGCUUCCGAGCUUUUCCCGGGGCCGUCCCGCGGCGCCAUGUGAAGGAGGGGGGGCCCGGCCGGUUCCGCCUCGCCCCCUUCCCCCCAAUCCCGGUGGCUCCAGCCAUGAUGUUCCGGGACCAGGUGGGGAUCGUGGCCGGCUGGUUCAAGGCUUGGAACGAGUGCGAGCAGACCGUGGCGCUGCUCUCGCUCCUCAAGCGCGUCACCCGCACCCAGGCGCGCUUCCUGCAGCUCUGCCUCGAGCACUCGCUGGCCGACUGCGCCGACAUCCACCUCCUGGAGGCCGAGGCCAACAGCGCCGCCGCCAUCAGCCAGUGGCCCCAGGAGCCGGCGGAGGCGGCGGUGGCCCUGCUGCUGGCCCACCUCCCCCUCCUGCAGCCGGGCAACGCCGCCGCCAAGGCCGAGUACAUGAAGAGGCUGCAGAAGGUGCUGGCCUACGCCAUCGAGAGCAACCGCUGCGUGGAGGAGAGCCGCCAGCUGCUCUCCUACGCCCUCAUCCACCCGGCCACCACCCUGGACGACCGCAGCGCCCUGGCCCUGUGGCUGGGCCACCUGGAGGAGCGUUUGGCCGGCGCCCCCCCUCCUCCGCCCCCCCCCCCGCCGCCACCCCCACCCCCGCCGCCCCCCCGGCGUGCCCCCCACGACUGGCCCGAGCACGGGCCCCCCGAAAUCGGGCCCCCGUGGCCUGAGGCGGCCCCCCGGGAGAACGGGCACCCCCCCCCGUUCCACCCCCCCCCCGCCGCCGGCAGUGGCGGGAAUGGGCUGGGGGGCGCGGCGCUGCCCUGCCAGCUGCACCCCAGCCCUCUGAAGCGCUCCCUGUCGCUGGUGCCCGGCAGUCCCCAGGGAGGGGGUGGCGAGUGGCCUGGGGGGGGGGGCGGCGAGGAGCCGGGGGGGCCCCCCCCUCCUCCUCGCCCCCCCUUCGGCGAGCACGCCCCCCUGUCGCCGCAGAGCAGCGUGGCCUCGUCGGGCAGCGAGCAGACCGAGGAGCCCCCCGGCGGCCGCAACACCUUCCAGGAGGACGGCAGCGGCAUGAAAGAUGUCCCCUCGUGGCUGAAGAGCCUGCGGCUGCACAAGUACGCGGCGCUCUUCUCGCAGAUGACCUACGAGGAGAUGAUGACGCUGACCGAGCACCACCUUGAGUCGCAGAACGUCACCAAGGGCGCGCGGCACAAGAUCGCCCUCAGCAUCCAGAAGCUGCGGGAGCGCCAGAGCGUCCUCAAGGCGCUGGAGAAGGACAUCCUGGAGGGGGGCAACCUGUGGACGGCGCUGCAGGAGCUGCAGCAGAUCAUGGUGACGCCCAUCAAGGCUUUCCGGCCCCCCCCAGCCCCCCCUGCCAACACCGGCGCCCCCCCCGACGCUGCCGCCGCCCCCCCGGGGGCCGCCGACGCCUUCGCCCCCCACCCGGCCGCUGACCCCGAGGCCCCCGCGGCCCCGGUUCCUGAUGGGGACAUCCCGGGGCAAUUCACCCGGGUGAUGGGCAAAGUGUGCACCCAGCUGCUGGUGUCGCGGCCGGACGAGGAGAACAUCACCAGUUACCUCCAGCUCCUCGAGAAGUGCCUGAGCCACGAGGCGUUCACGGAGACGCAGAAGAAGAGGCUCCUCUCCUGGAAGCAGCAGGUCCUGAAGCUGCUCCGCGCCUUCCCCAAGAAGGUGCCGCUCGAGGGCCCAGGCUACCGCCCCCCCAAAGGCUGGGCCUUCGGCUCCAACUCGCUCCCCAUAGCUGGCUCUGUGGGGGGGGGGGCGGGGGGGCGGCGGGGGCAGCGCCCCUUUGCGUUGCCCCCCCGCGCGCUGCCCCCCACCCGCCUGGGGCUGCUGGGCCCUGCGGGGGGGGGCCCGGCCCCGCGACCCCCCCUCGGCGGCCCCCCCCCUCCCCUCGGCACCCAGGGCCGCCAGAGCCUGUGGUUCGGCAGCGGGGGGGCCGCGGGGCGCAGCGCGGUGCAGCGCACCCACUCGCUGCCCGUCCACCCCUCGCCCCAGGCCCUGCUCGCCUUCCCUCAGGAGUGCCCCCUCCCCGGCACCGACCUGGAGAUCAACCCCACCCUGGAGUCGCUGUGCCUGAGCAUGACGGAGCACGCGCUGGGGGACGGCACAGACAAGACCUCGACCAUCUGACGCCGCCCCCCCCUCCGCGGGGGCUCCGCGCCCCUCUUUGCCCCCCCCCGCUGUGACCAUGCCCCCCCCAACCCCCCCUGCCCCUCCUCCACCUUUCCCCGAGCAUCUUUAUGAGUGUGUGGGGGGGAAAUCAGGGGCGCCCCCCCCCCGCCCAAAAAAUAAAGCAACCGAGGGGCUCCCGGGGGGGGGGGUGGGGCGAUGACUUUGCCGGGGGGGGGCUGCGUGUGAACACUACAGGGGCUGCGUGACUGGGGGGGGGCUCUCCCGGCUGGGUUUCCUUUAAUUUUUUUUUAAUAAUUCCCUGUUUUUUGUUUUUUUUCCUUUAUUAUUAUUAUUAUUCUAAUAUUAAUAUUAUUUGCCCCUGGCAAAACCAAACCACAAAGCUGGGAGGGGGGGGGG